AUGGAAAGAAAACAUGCCAACAAUGACAAAGAAGCUCAUCCAGAAGCUCAUGAUAAUAAGGAGCGGCAGAAGAAUUUGGCUGAAGCGGUGAAAGUCCCAGUAAAAGUUGAUGAAAUGACAGGCCUUGGAGGAAAGGCCACUAACAGUCACAAUGAAAUGGUUGUGAUAACCGAUGAGAGGCCUGCAAUUUUUGGAUCUCAUUGUCAGGAAAAUAUACCAAACAGUAUUGAGGAGGAUGUGACAGACUCAACUGCCAUGGUCACUCCCAGGGACAAGCGCAUGAAGAAUUAG